CCCACAAAAAAAAGAAAAUUUGGGUAGGCGGCACUUGUUUUUGACACAAACCAUAGAAAAUCUUGUUUUCAAAAACUGUACGGAAAUUUCAGUUUUGUAAUAUAAAAGGCUGUCCGAUACUCUGAUAAAACGGUUAACCCAACAAAAGCACCGGGACUUCUGGCAAGCCACAGGCCCCGAAGAAACCAGCCCGAAUUCAAUGUCGUAACUGUCUCUCAUUUGCCUUGAAGUUGGUUAUAAAAACAAUACAUUUCAAUCCAGAAAUCGCUCUCUUUCAAGAACAAAUAAUCUCACUUCUCAUUUCUUUUUCUCUGUCUCUGCACCGCUCCAUUCUAGUCUUAUGGAGGACUGGGGAGCCUGACGGACAGCUACCAUAAAACCUGAAGAAAGAAGCUCAAAGAUCAGCUCCUGUGGUCAAGAGUUUCUUCUUUCUUCUCUUAAACUAAGUCCUGGUUUGUUACUUUAUUUGGACUGUGUCCGUAGCCAUGGCUUCCGAGGAUGACAUCUUUUUGGAGCAGAUCAAGAACGAGACUAUUGAUCUUGAGCGAAUCCCUGUGGAGGAGGUUUUUGAGAAGCUGAAAUGUACGAGAGAGGGUUUGACAACAGCAGAAGGAGAGAAAAGGCUUAACAUUUUUGGCCCUAACAAGCUUGAAGAGAAAAAAGAGAACAAAUUUCUUAAGUUCUUGGGCUUUAUGUGGAAUCCUCUGUCGUGGGUUAUGGAGGCUGCUGCUAUCAUGGCCAUUGUUUUGGCCAAUGGAGGAGGCAAGCCUCCAGACUGGCAAGACUUCGUUGGUAUCAUUACUUUGCUUAUCAUCAACUCAACCAUCAGUUUCAUUGAGGAAAACAACGCAGGCAACGCGGCAGCUGCUUUGAUGGCUGGUCUUGCACCCAAAACUAAGGUGUUGAGAGAUGGCAAAUGGGGUGAGCAAGAUGCAGCAAUCCUGGUACCAGGAGAUGUAAUUAGUGUCAAAUUGGGAGACAUCAUCCCAGCGGAUGCUCGUCUCUUGAAGGGUGAUCCACUCAAAAUUGAUCAAUCUGCCCUCACUGGUGAGUCCCUACCUGUUACCAAGAACUCAGGUGAUGAGGUCUUCUCUGGAUCCACUUGUAAACAAGGUGAGAUUGAGGCUGUUGUCAUUGCCACUGGUGUCCACACCUUCUUCGGCAAGGCUGCUCACCUUGUUGACAGCACCAACAAUGUUGGUCACUUCCAAAAGGUGUUGACUGCCAUUGGUAACUUCUGUAUCUGCUCGAUUGCUGUGGGAAUGCUCAUUGAGAUCAUGGUGAUGUACCCAAUCCAGCACAGGAGGUACAGAGAUGGUAUUGACAACCUGUUGGUGCUUCUCAUUGGAGGAAUCCCAAUCGCCAUGCCCACAGUCUUGUCUGUUACAAUGGCUAUUGGAUCUCACCGCUUGUCACAGCAAGGAGCCAUCACCAAGAGGAUGACUGCCAUUGAAGAAAUGGCAGGGAUGGAUGUCCUGUGCAGUGAUAAGACUGGGACUCUCACCCUCAACAAGCUAACAGUAGACAAGAGUCUCAUUGAGGUGUUCGUAAGUGGUAUGGACAAAGACACUCUUCUGCUGCUUGCCGCAAGGGCUUCCAGGGUUGAAAACCAGGACUCCAUUGAUGCUUCAAUUGUAGGGAUGUUGAGCGACCCCAAAGAGGCAAGGGCUGGAAUUACUGAAUUACACUUCCUUCCCUUCAACCCUGUGGAUAAGCGCACUGCUAUCACCUACAUUGACAGCAAUGGCGAGUGGCAUCGUUGCAGCAAGGGUGCUCCUGAGCAGAUCAUUGAGCUUUGCGGGCUCACUGGAGACUUGAGGAAAAAGGCGCAUGAAGUCAUUGACAGCUUUGCUAACCGCGGCCUUCGGUCCUUGGGAGUUUCUAGACAGACAAUUCCAGAGAAAACAAAGGAGAGCGCCGGAGGACCUUGGGAGUUUGUGGGUCUCUUGCCUCUCUUUGAUCCUCCCAGGCAUGAUAGUGCUGAGACUAUUCGACGGGCCCUUGACCUUGGUGUCAAUGUUAAGAUGAUCACCGGUGACCAGCUUGCCAUUGGCAAAGAGACUGGUCGCAGACUUGGAAUGGGCACUAACAUGUAUCCUUCUUCCUCCCUCCUUGGCCAGAGUAAGGAUAAGGCUAUUGCUGCCAUUCCUGUUGAUGAGCUGAUUGAGAAAGCUGAUGGAUUUGCCGGAGUCUUCCCUGAGCACAAGUAUGAGAUUGUUAAAAGGCUCCAAGAUAGGAAGCAUAUCUGCGGAAUGACAGGAGACGGUGUGAACGAUGCCCCUGCACUUAAGAAGGCGGAUAUUGGUAUUGCUGUCGCUGAUGCAACUGAUGCUGCCAGGAGCGCCUCAGACAUAGUCUUGACUGAGCCAGGAUUGAGUGUGAUUGUAAGCGCGGUGUUGACAAGCAGAGCCAUAUUCCAGAGGAUGAAGAACUACACAAUCUAUGCUGUUUCUAUCACAAUUCGUAUUGUGAUGGGGUUCAUGCUCGUUGCUCUCAUCUGGGAGUUUGACUUCUCACCCUUUAUGGUCUUGGUCAUUGCCAUCCUCAAUGAUGGAACCAUCAUGACUAUCUCCAAGGACAGGGUCAAGCCAUCUCCUAUGCCUGACUCAUGGAAGCUGAAGGAAAUAUUCGCAACUGGCAUUGUCCUUGGGGCCUACAUGGCUUUCGUGACAGUGCUAUUUUUCUGGCUUGCUCACGACACAGACUUUUUCACCGAGAAGUUUGGCGUGAAGCCAAUCAAUGAUAAUGUGGAUGAGCUUACUUCAGCUCUCUACCUUCAAGUGAGUAUCAUCAGUCAAGCACUCAUCUUUGUGACAAGGUCAAGGAGCUGGUCCUAUGUUGAGCGCCCUGGUCUCUUUCUUCUUGGAGCCUUCAUUGCUGCACAGCUGGUGGCUACUGUCAUUGCUGUGUAUGCAAGCUGGGGCUUCGCCAGGAUCCAAGGCAUUGGAUGGGGAUGGGCAGGAGUCAUCUGGGUCUUUAGCGUAAUAACCUACAUCCCUCUAGAUAUCCUCAAGUUCAUUAUCCGCUACUCUUUGAGUGGCAAGGCCUGGGAUAACCUGCUUCAGAACAAGACCGCAUUCACAACAAAGAAGGACUACGGCAGGGGAGAGAGGGAGGCACAAUGGGCAGCAACUCAACGUACCCUACACGGCCUUUCACUCCCAGAAGCCAGGUCGAAUGACAAGAACCACGAGUUGUCUGAAAUAGCUGAGCAGGCUAAGAAGCGUGCUGAGAUAGCAAGGCUGAGGGAGCUCCACACUCUCAAGGGUCACGUUGAAUCGGUGGUGAAGUUGAAGGGGUUAGACAUUGAUACCAUCCAGCAGCACUACACAGUAUAAUUCAAGGAUGGAGUAUAGGGAAAGCAUGAUAGAGAAGAGAUAACAUGGGAAGAAACGAUCCCCUGCUUUGUUAUUGUUUUCUGUUUUUAAUCUUUAGAGGGGGGGAAUAUCGUGAGAUCAGUUGUUCUUGAAUUUGAGAACGAUGUCAGCCAUCAGAAUUUAAUAAAAAAUAAAAAUUAAAGGGAUUAUUAUAUUGUAUGAAGUAUAAUUAUUAUUAUUCUUUUUAUCUAUCUUCCGCUGCAAUUAUUAUUCAAAAUCCAAGCCAAAACAAGGAAAUAGUACUCAAUUUUAUGGCACAUUAAUGUCUUAAAACAGGGGCCACUUUCCCCACCUUCAAAGAUUAUCCAAAUUCCACUUCCCCACUUUCCAAAGCCCGGAAGAAUCAACGGCCAGAGAUCUGCCACGUAGGUGGUACAAAUUCUUUUGCCGCCAACAUUCUUUCCCGCCAAACGUAAUGCUACUAGACGAUGAAUAACCAUCCAACAAAGAAAAGAUCCUCUUUUCAUCUCUUCUUGUCUAUUAUCAAAAUCUUUGUUUAUCAUGGC